UUUGAUCACCACCGGCGAGCGACCAUCAACAAAACGGAAGGGGAAAAAAGGGGAAAAAAAAUAAAAUAAAAGCACGGAAGAAGAAGAGUUUCAGAGAGCGCAAGAGCCAUGAACAUAAUGCGCUCCAAAACCUUUCUCAUCCUCUUCCUCGUCAACUCCUUCUCCAUUUACUUCUUCUUCCACGCGCAACACCGGAACGGCUCUACCGACCACUCUCUCUCGACGGAGAGCCGCUCUCGGCAGCCGCAAAACCGCCGCCGCCGCCACCUCAAGCCCUGGCUGAUUCUCCCCUCGUACCUCCCCUGGUCGCAGGAGGCCGCGGCCAUUCCCCUCCGCUCCUGCGAGGCCUACUUCGGCAACGGCUUCACUCGCCGCGUCGACUUCCUCUCGUCGUCCUCCUCCGCCGUGAAGGCGGGAGGAGGAGGCUGGUUCCGGUGCUUCUACAGCGAGACUCUUCGGAGCUCAAUAUGCGAGGGAGGGAGGCUGAGGAUGGUGGCGCAGAGGAUUGAGAUGUCGAGAGGAGGAGAGAAAUUGGAUGACGUGAUCGGAAGGAGAGAGGAGGAGGAGUUGCCGGUGUUCAACGACGGUGCGUUCGAGAUUGAAGGAAGUGGGAGGGAAUUUGGGUUGGGGAGAGGGAUAAGUAGGAGGAGGAUGGUGACUGGUGAUGAUUUAGACAGGUAUGUUCCUGCAGGCGAUGUAUUGCGGCACACCAUGCGGGAAUUGAUUGGAUCGAUCCACGUCGUUGGGGCCGCGGAGUUUCAGUGCGAUCAGUGGAUCGAGGAAUCAACACUUCUGGUCACCCGCUUUGAGUAUGCAAAUCUAUUCCACACUGUGACUGAUUGGUACAGUGCAUACGCCUCUUCUAGAGUUACUGGAUUACCUUAUCGACCUCGUUUGGUCUUUGUGGAUGGCCACUGUUCGACUCAAUUAGAAGAUACAUGGAGAGCAUUGUUCUCAGGCCUCAGAUAUGCCAAAAACUUCAGCGGUUCAGUUUGCUUCCGCCAUGCUAUUUUUUCUCCUUUGGGAUAUGAGACAGCUUUAUUCAAGGGACUUACUGAAGAGAUUAACUGUAGCGGAGCAUCUGCCCUUCAUCUUUGGAGAAACCCAGAUGACCAAAAAACUGCCCGAUUAUCUGAGUUUGGAGAAAUAAUUAGGGCAGCAUUUGGAUCCUCAGUGCACAAGCAACGAUUGGAAAAGCCGGUCUCUGUCCAUAACGUACUCUUUGUGAGGCGUGAAGAUUAUCUAGCCCAUCCUCGUCACGGAGGUAAAGUCCAAUCAAGGCUAAGCAAUGAGCAAGAAGUUUUUGAUUCCUUGCAGAGCUGGACAGCUAAUCAUUCUGGCUGCAAGAUAAACCUCAUCAAUGGACUGUUUGCCCACAUGCCCAUGAAAGAACAAGUCCGAGCUAUUCAGGAUGCUUCAGUCAUCAUUGGUGCUCAUGGCGCAGGUUUAACGCAUAUAGUGUCAGCAACGCCCAAAACUGUCAUUUUGGAGAUCAUCAGCAAAGAAUACAGGCGUCCGCAUUUCGCUCUGAUUGCCCAAUGGAAAGGAUUGGAGUAUCAUGCUAUCAAUCUCUCAGGAUCGUAUGCCAUCCCAUCUGUUGUUGUCGGCCGGUUCAGUAGCAUCAUGAAAAGCCUCGGAUGCUGAAGUACAUAAUUGCGAAACGUUGUUUCUCGUUAUCUCUAAAUGGGAGAGUGGUAGCCUCCACUUCGGGGCCCUUGUUUCUGCAGCCUGCUUGGCCAGCUUGCAAACCUUUUGAGUUCGAUCUUUUGCAUGUGGUGCACUGCAUCAGAAGUUGGGCAUGAUGCUUCCUUAGGGGAAGGAGGGCCAUAUGUUCUUUCAAUAG